GGGCCCCUGCACACCAUGGCCCCCGGGCGGACAGGGGCCGGCGCCGCCGUGCGCGCCCGCCUGGCGCUGGCCUUGGCGCUGGCGAGCGUCCUGAGCGGGCCCCCAGCCGCCGCCUGCCCCACCAAGUGUACCUGCUCCGCCGCCAGCGUGGACUGCCACGGGCUGGGCCUCCGGGGGGUUCCCCGGGGCAUACCCCGCAACGCCGAACGCCUUGACCUGGACAGAAAUAACAUUACCAGGAUCACCAAGAUGGACUUCGCUGGGCUCAAGAACCUCCGGGUCUUGCAUCUGGAAGACAACCAGGUCAGCGUCAUCGAGAGAGGCGCCUUCCAGGAUUUGAAGCAGCUGGAGCGAUUGCGCCUGAACAAGAAUAAGCUCCAGGUCCUCCCGGAAUUGCUUUUUCAGAGUACACCGAAGCUCACCAGACUAGAUCUGAGCGAAAACCAGAUCCUGGGGAUCCCGAGGAAGGCGUUCCGGGGCAUCGCCAACGUGAAGAACUUGCAACUGGACAACAACCACAUCAGCUGCAUUGAAGAUGGAGCCUUCCGGGCGCUGCGCGAUCUGGAGAUCCUCACCCUCAACAACAACAACAUUAGCCGCAUCCUCGUCACCAGCUUCAACCACAUGCCGAAGAUUCGCACUCUGCGCCUCCACUCCAACCACCUGUACUGUGACUGCCACCUGGCCUGGCUCUCGGAUUGGCUGCGACAGCGGCGGACAGUUGGCCAGUUCACACUCUGCAUGGCUCCUGUGCACCUGAGGGGCUUCAACGUGGCAGAUGUGCAGAAGAAGGAGUACGUGUGUCCAGGCCCGCACUCAGAACCUCCAUCCUGCAAUGCCAACUCCAUCUCCUGCCCCUCGGCCUGCACUUGCAGUAAUAACAUCGUGGACUGUCGAGGGAAGGGCUUGACUGAGAUCCCCGCCAACUUGCCAGAGGGCAUCGUCGAAAUACGCCUGGAACAGAACUCCAUCAGAUCCAUUCCCGCUGGAGCCUUCACCCAGUACAAGAAGCUGAAGCGAAUAGACAUCAGCAAGAAUCAGAUAUCGGACAUUGCUCCGGAUGCCUUCCAGGGUCUGAAAUCACUCACCUCGCUGGUACUCUAUGGCAACAAGAUCACGGAGCUUGCCAAGGGACUCUUUGAUGGACUGGUAUCCCUACAGCUGCUCCUCCUCAAUGCCAACAAGAUCAACUGUCUGCGCGUGAACACAUUUCAGGACCUGCAGAAUCUCAACCUGCUCUCCCUCUAUGACAACAAGCUGCAGACCAUCAGCAAGGGACUCUUUGCCCCUCUGCAGGCCAUCCAGACCCUCCACUUGGCUCAAAACCCGUUUGUGUGUGACUGCCACCUGAAGUGGCUGGCCGACUACCUACAGGACAACCCCAUCGAGACGAGCGGGGCCCGCUGCAGCAGCCCGCGCCGGCUGGCCAACAAGCGCAUUGGCCAGAUCAAGAGCAAGAAGUUCCGCUGCUCAGGCUCAGAGGAUUACCGCAGCAGGUUCAGCAGUGAGUGCUUCAUGGACCUCGUGUGCCCCGAGAAGUGCCGCUGCGAGGGUACCAUCGUGGACUGCUCCAACCAGAAGCUGGCCCGCAUCCCAAGCCACCUCCCCGAAUAUGUCACCGAUCUGCGACUGAACGACAACGAGAUAUCCGUUCUCGAGGCCACUGGUAUCUUCAGGAAGCUGCCCAACCUGCGGAAAAUAAACCUGAGUAACAAUAAGAUCAAGGAGGUGAGAGAGGGUGCCUUCGAUGGAGCGGCCGGCGUGCAGGAACUGAUGCUGACCGGGAACCAGCUGGAAACGCUACACGGACGCAUGUUCCAGGGACUCAGCAGCCUCAAGACUCUGAUGCUGAGGAGUAACCUUAUCAACUGUGUGAGCAAUGACACGUUUGCUGGCCUGAGUUCAGUGAGGCUGCUGUCCCUCUAUGACAAUCGGAUCACCACCAUCACCCCUGGUGCCUUCACCACCCUUGUCUCCCUGUCUACCAUAAACCUCCUGUCCAACCCUUUCAACUGCAACUGCCACCUGGCCUGGCUUGGCAAGUGGUUGAGGAAGCGGCGGGUCGUGAGCGGGAACCCCCGGUGCCAAAAGCCAUUCUUCCUCAAGGAGAUCCCCAUCCAGGAUGUGGCCAUCCAGGACUUUACCUGUGAAGGCAAUGACGAGAGCAGCUGCCAGCUGGGCCCACACUGCCCGGAGCAGUGCGCCUGCGUGGAGACAGUGGUUCGCUGCAGCAACAGGGGGCUGCACGCCCUCCCCAAAGGCAUUCCCAAGGACGUGACCGAACUGUACCUGGAAGGAAACCACUUAACAGCCGUGCCCAGGGAGCUGUCUGCCUUCCGACACCUGACACUUAUUGACCUGAGCAACAACAGCAUCGGCGUGCUGACCAACUACACGUUCAGUAACCUGUCUCACCUCUCCACGCUGAUCCUGAGCUACAACCGGCUGCGGUGCCUCCCCAUCCACGCCUUCGACGGGCUGCGGUCUCUCCGGGUGCUGACUCUCCACGGCAAUGACAUUUCCAGUGUUCCCGAAGGCUCCUUCCGUGACCUGACGUCUCUUUCCCAUCUGGCGCUGGGAACCAAUCCACUCCACUGUGACUGCAGUCUGCGCUGGCUCUCAGAGUGGGUGAAGGCGGGGUACAAGGAGCCCGGCAUCGCCCGCUGCAGUAGCCCCGAGCCCAUGGCCGACAGACUCCUGCUCACCACCCCCACACACCGGUUCCAGUGCAAAGGGCCAGUGGACAUCAACAUUGCAGCUAAGUGCAAUGCCUGCCUCUCCAGCCCAUGCAAGAACAACGGGACGUGCAGCCAGGAUCCCGUGGAGCUGUACCGCUGCACCUGCCCCUAUGGCUACAAGGGCAAAGACUGCACCGUGCCCAUCAACACCUGCAUCCAGAACCCCUGUCGGCACGGGGGCACCUGCCACCUGAGCGACAGCCACAAGGACGGGUUCAGCUGCUCCUGCCCUCUGGGCUUUGAGGGCCAGCGCUGUGAGAUCAACCCAGACGACUGCGAGGACAACGACUGUGAGAACAAUGCCACCUGCGUGGACGGGGUCAACAACUACGUGUGUGUCUGCCCUCCUAACUACACGGGUGAGCUGUGCGAUGAAGUGAUUGACCACUGCGUGCCCGAGAUGAACCUCUGUCAGCAUGAGGCCAAGUGCAUCUCCCUGGACAAAGGAUUCAGGUGCGAAUGUCUCCCCGGCUACAGUGGGAAGCUCUGCGAGGUGGACAACGAUGACUGCGUGGCCCACAGGUGCCGCCACGGGGCCCAGUGCGUGGAUGCGGUCAACGGCUACACGUGCAUCUGCCCCCAGGGCUUCAGCGGGCUCCUCUGUGAGCAGCCCCCACCCAUGGUCCUGCUUCAGACCAGUCCCUGUGACCAGUACGAGUGCCAGAAUGGGGCCCAGUGCAUCGUGGUACAGCAGGAGCCGACCUGUCGCUGCCCCCCGGGCUUCGCCGGCCCGAGGUGCGAGAAGCUCAUCACCGUCAACUUUGUGGGCAAAGACUCCUACGUGGAACUGGCCUCCGCCAAGGUCCGGCCUCAGGCCAACAUCUCCCUGCAGGUGGCCACGGACAAGGACAAUGGCAUCCUUCUCUACAAGGGAGACAACGACCCCCUGGCGCUGGAGCUGUACCAGGGCCACGUGAGGCUUGUCUAUGACAGUCUGAGCUCCCCACCCACCACGGUGUACAGUGUGGAGACCGUGAAUGAUGGGCAGUUUCACAGUGUGGAGCUGGUGAUGCUAAACCAGACCCUGAACCUGGUGGUGGAUAAAGGAGCCCCCAAGAGCCUGGGAAAGCUCCAGAAGCAGCCGGCAGUAGGCAUCAACAGCCCCCUCUACCUUGGAGGCAUCCCCACCUCCACGGGCCUCUCGGCCCUGCGCCAGGGCACAGACCGGCCGCUGGGCGGCUUCCACGGCUGCAUCCAUGAGGUGCGCAUCAACAACGAGCUGCAAGACUUCAAGGCCCUCCCGCCGCAGGCCCUGGGAGUGUCCCCAGGCUGCAAGUCCUGCACCGUGUGCAAGCAUGGCCUGUGCCACUCUGUGGAGAAGGACAGCGUGGUGUGCGAGUGCCACCCGGGCUGGACCGGCCCGCUGUGCGACCAGGAAGUCCGGGACCCCUGUCUGGGCCACAGCUGCAACCGCGGGAAAUGUGUGCCAGCUGGGACCUCGUACGUGUGCCAGUGUGCAGAAGGCUAUAGCGGGGCCACGUGUGAUCACAAGAAUGACUCCAACGCCUGCUCUGCCUUCAAGUGUCACCAGGGGCAAUGCCAUUUCUCCGAUCGAGGGGAGCCCUUCUGCCUGUGCCAGCCUGGCUUUAGUGGGGAGCACUGCGAGCAAGAGAACCCAUGCCUGGGGGAGGUGGUCCGAGAGGUGAUCCGCCGCCAGAAGGGCUAUGCCUCAUGUGCCACGGCCUCCAAAGUGCCCAUCAUGGAAUGUCGUGGGGGCUGUGGGCCCCAGUGCUGUCAACCCACCCGCAGCAAGCGGCGGAAAUACGUCUUCCAGUGCACCGACGGCUCCUCAUUCGUCGAGGAGGUGGAGAGACACCUCGAGUGCGGCUGCCGCCCAUGUUCCUAAGGCCGACUGCCCACCUGCCCCCCCACCACUCAGACUCCAGCUUCGUGGGGCUGGGACAGCCAUGUGGGACCCCCUUGAGAUUUGAGGUGAAGAAGUAGAAGCUGGAGAGAAAGCAGAAGAAGAGAAUAUUAAGUAUAUUGUAAAAUAAACAAAAAAUAGAACUUAUUUUUAUUAUGGAAAGUGACUAUUUUCAUCUUUUAUUAUAUAAAUAUCACACCGUCUGAGUAUAUGUACCAUAUAGUGAGUUAUUUUUACCAAGUCCUGUGUAUUUGUUGUGGUUUUUAUAAACAGCUGUUAAAAUUUUUAAGAAAAAAGACUAAUAAAAAUGUUUUAAAACAAAAGGAUAAGAAUAAAGAAGUGAUAGCCUGUCGGAGAAGAAGGAAGGAAGUUUUUAUGCUGAUGAAACAGUAUCGUGUCCGCAGAAACCAAGACCUGCUUACUGAGCUCAGGAAAAGGAAUGAUAAGAGGAAGAGAAGGAAAAGAUUUUUCUUUGUUUCUUCUUACUUUUAAUGACUCUCUUUUUCUUCCCUAAAAGCACCCAGCGUUUAAGUCCUGGUUGCCGAAGGCCGUCCUUCCAGGAAAAGCAGCUGUACCCUGGCCACCUCCGCCUCACAGCUGCUGCCCCCACCCCCACCUGCCCCAGGCCACCAGCAGGUUCUGAAACCUCCUGCAGACCCCUCUUCUCCCUCCUGGCUGGCCCUCCCUGCCACUACAGGGUUGUUGAAAACUCUGCCACAGGCUUCAUCUGAGCCUGCUGUGCCAAAUUUUAAAACACCGCCUCUUUCCCUGCCCCUCUCCAGGUGAGUCAAUGGAAGGGGUCAAUGACAUCUCCUCAGGCCCCAACCACUGGCCCUUCCUUUGAAAGUUCUGAACCAUCCUCUUCUCUCCAGCCCAUUUCACAUUGGAAUGCAGGACUAGGGGAACAGGCAGCCAGGGCUAGGGGGAUGAGGAAGGCCAGGAGCCCAGACUGCCCACAGCCCUGGUAGAUGUCCAACUCUGGAAAGUGCUGGGAGAAUCUGGCUAUGGGACAAACAAGCCUCUGCCACCUGAUCCUCCAGACCACCCUCAUGAGCUGUCAUCACAACGCCCUGCCCAUCUGCAACACUUUCCAACACAUAUCGGUGCUGCACCUGUUUUCAUCUGUGCCAUGCCUGCUCUGUGCAAUUCCUACUCCCAUAAGAAGGGUAGAGCCAUACGGCCCCAUUUCACAGACAAACACGCCUCUCUCAAGCUCUGUAUCUGGCCUGAAGCUAUAUAUCUGAUAAGUAGAAGAGCCAAACUCAAAGCUCUGGGUUCCUUCUCUAAAUAGCAUAACCAUAAGAAAGUCACAGGUAGUUCAUCAGACAAGCCCUACCAGGAAAAGAAAGUAGAUGUUCUUUACUACUAUUUUUCCUGCUUGUGUUCAAGUCUGGUUCUGUUCCCCUAGUAUCCAGAAAGCUUCUAGACAGAGUUAUAGAUCAGGGAAUGUGAGCAAAGGCAGCCCACCCAGUGGAGAUUUGCCCCUGUCAGCUCCUUCAGACUAGUACAGGCGCUCAGGGUCUCAACUGCUCAGCCCAAUGCCUUGUCUCUCACUCAUCCCUCCUGCCCCUCGGGAGCCUCCCCUGCAGAAGUGUGAGGGAGGGCGAUAUGGAACUCAGAGGACCUUCCAGGAUGGAGCUUCCCCAGAGGAGCCUAGUGGUUCUGUGAGGACCAACAGUGGGCCAAAGGGUCCAAGAAUCAAGAGAGAGGCAGAAAAGGAAGACGGAAGAGCACAAGGCAAGUGGCAAACAAGGAGGGAAGGAGAAAAGGAAAGAAGGGAUGGUGGGGGGACCACAGAAGGAAGAAAGGGACGACCAGGAGGAGGGGAAAGGAGGGAGAAAUAAGAUGGAGGAACUUCAGGCAAGGGUUCAAGCAGUCAGAGCCACGUAUGGCAGGCUAGAUCACAGGGACCCAGCAGGGUUUUUAAGCAGGGGACUAGUAAGACAAGGUCUGUUUUAGGAAGAGAAUUGGUGGCCAAGAUGAGACAGUCUUAGAAGAGGAGAGAGCACUCUGCCACCCAAAAUGGCUCUGGGGGCUUCCCAGUUGUUCACUUGAGUUUGUUGUAGCUAAACAAUGCUGAUUUCCGGAUAGGUCCCAAAAGUCUUUGCGGUAGCUCCAGAGUCCUGAAAGGGGUAUACUGAGACCUCCCCAGUACGUUCCCCAUCCCUCAUGCCUUCAGUCCACCUCCCUCACACAGGUAAACCCUAGGCUUCUUCUACCACCAACACUCCCAGCUAGCCUCUCUCCAUGUGACAUGAGCCCACUCAGCCUGCCGUCUUGAGAGCCAUGCCCCAGGGUCCCUGACUUUCUGGGAAGACUUAACAGGCUGCCAGCUUUCCCUCUGCCACCCCCAAGGAAUCCAAGCCCUGCCUCUGCCAGCCAUGCCCUGCACCUACUCCCGAGCCCAGCUGCAGUCAGCCAGGGUCUUAGUGGGGCUUGAGGGUAAUUUUGAGACUUCCCCUCAAUUUUGCAAGCCCUGACUUUAUGAAAUGCCUAAUCCAAGAUUAAGAAAAUGUUCCCCAAAAGGAAGUUUCUCUAACAAAUGCAGAUUAAAAUGUUCUUAUUUCAACAGCUAAAUUCUAGUCCCCCAGAGCAGGAAGAGGUCAGUCAGGUAACUUGCAUGCUUAAAAGUAUGGUUCGGUGUUUGCAUGUGGGGACGGGCAAAUGUGAAAGGGGGCUUGGGCUCUGUUUCCUCCUGAGCAGGAUUCAGGGGAAGGAAGAAUCCCUUUGACUCAACCAAGGGACCCUAAAAUGGUUAUGAGAUGAUGUAUUUAAAAGCUCUUUGUAAAGUGUAAACUAAAAAUCUUUCAUGUAAGCUGUUACUGCUAUGGUUGUUGCUGUGAUUGACAUGCCAACAGGCCCCAUGGAGAAGAUGGCUUUGCGUUUUCAAUUUCAGAAGGGAACCAGAGUCUAAUGCUUCAGAAAGAGGAUAGGAUAAGGGAAAGAGGGGCAAGGAAAGAGAGGGAGAUUUCCUGGGGCCAGGGAAAGAGGAAAUCCCCCUGAAUGACCCUUAGGAACCUGGGAAUGGCCAGGAGCGGGAUGGAGCUAACCUCGCCUUCCACCAGAUACAAAGCUACCAUCAGAUUGAGGCCUACGGCCAAGCAGCCCCCCACCACCUUUGCUGGGAGGAGAAGCCUCUAGCCUAAGUGAACCUGCCCCUCAAAACUCACAGGUAUCAGAGCUCAAGGAAUCCGUGGUGAGGGAUAAACCUGAGAAUCAGAGAAAGGGAGUGUCUAAACCAGAGACCAAGAUCAUCCAACAAAUGACCACCUCAGGCAGGAACAGACCCAGGUGUCUACCCAGGCCGUCAUUCUUCCUGCUGCUCCACUGUGAGCACAGGAAGAGUGAAGGUUGAUACAGACCCUGUGAUACCUUCUAGGUGGCCAGAAAAGUAUCCUUCCCCAACACCAGAUGGGUGAUGGCUGGGAAGCUGGGGCAGUGCCUGGUUUGCGGGGCACUUAUCCAUAUGUUCCAGUCUGGAUUAGACGGUACCAAAGGAAACACUUGGGGAAAGUGGGUGAGAGACGCCCCCUAGCCAGAACAAGCAAAGGCAGAGUAGGGCGCUUGGCAAAGCUUAUUUCUCUAAUUCUACAAUAGGUUCUAAGGGAAAAAAAACAAAACAAAACAAAACAAAACAAAAAAAAACUUUUAAGAUGGUUUUUAUAAAACAAUGUUAUAGUGCCACUUCACCAUUAUGGGAUAAGUAAUGUGCAUUUUUUGAUUCAACAGACUGUCAUUAUCUGAUAUCAUUAAAAUAAAUGAAUGAGUCACAGGA